AUGAAGCUUUCCACCAUCAUCCUUGUGACUACCUCUGUUCUUCUCUCUGGGACAGCUGCCACCUCGUUUGACUCUGCUGAGGUCUGUCGGAAGCAAUGCUACCGCAGCAAGCACCAUUGCCCAAAAGGCUGGUACGCCAAGAAGAUGAAUAGAUGUUGGACUUGCUGCCGGAAGAGCAAAGCCGACUAUGUUGACGACGAUUACGAUUACGAGUAUGAUUAUGAGGUGUUUGAGUGGGAGUGA